GAGUUUGAUAUUAAAAAUGGCGGAAUCAACAAGCAGCAAGCGCCAACAUGAGGAAAAUAAAUCUGAAUCUGAAGAAGAAUUUGUGGGCCCUAUGCCAGCUGAAGCUUUUCAUUCAAAAGCCAAGAAAAAGAAAGUGCUGGAGUUUGAAGAACUUUAUUUAGAUAAUCUUCCCAAUGUGGAAAUGUACGAGCGGAGUUUUAUGCAUCGGGAUACUGUAACACAUUUGGUAACAACAAAAACAAAUUUUAUCAUCACUUGCAGUAUUGAUGGUCAUAUCAAGUUUUGGAAGAAACAAGAACUUGGAAUCGAGUUUGUCAAACAUUUUAGAGGCCAUCUUGGUAACAUUCAAGAUGUCAGCAUUAACUCUUGUGGGACCUUGUUGUGCACAAUAUCCAAUGAUAAAUCAUUGAAGGUGUUCGAUGUUGUCAAUUUUGACAUGAUCAACAUGAUGAAAUUAUCAUACAUACCAGGCUGCUGUGAAUGGGUUCAUUCACCUGGAGACCCUAUUUCUGUUCUAGCAGUUUCAGAGUCUGAAAAUGGCACUAUUAACCUAUAUGAUGGGCAUGGAAUUAAUAAGCCAAUCCAUCAAUUAGAGAAAUUACACAACAAACCAGUAACACUGAUUAAAUACAACCCUGUCUAUGAAGCUGUGAUAUCUGUUGACAAGCAAGGAAUCCUGAAUUACUGGACUGGUGAAAAAACUGAAUAUGCCUUCCCAAGGAAUGUCGACUUUGAGUCGAAACUUGAUACUGAUCUCUUUGAAUUCAUGAAGCGAAAAACUUACCCAUUGAGCUUGUGCUUUUCUCCGAACGGUGAAAUGUUUGCUACUUACGGAGCAGAUCGAAAGGUUCGGAUUUUCAAAUUCGCCUCGGGUAAGCUCAAACGUGUCAUAGACGAAUCUAUCCAGCAUUAUAUGGAACUUCAGCAGAAAAAAACGUUGCCAAAUAUGGAGUUUAACCGACGUGUAGCCAUGGAAAAGGAAGUUGAAAAGGCUGAUUGCCUUCAUUUAACGCGUUUGACUUUUGACGAAAGUGGAAAUUUUCUCCUGGUCCCUACUAUGAUUGGAGUGAAGGUCAUUAAUUUGGUUACAAAUAGACUUGCGCGUCUUAUAGGCAAACCAGAAAACAUGCGUUUUCUCCAGCUUUCUCUUAUCCAGGGAAAAGCCAGACAUAAUCCUGCAGCGGUAACUCUCGAAAUGGAAGCUUCUGAAAAUCCUACUCUAGAAUCUAUCGAACCUGACCCAACACUGUUUGUAACGGCGUUUAAAAAGAAUCGGUUUUUCUUAUUCACCAGGAGAGAUCCCGAUGAUAGUAAAGCACCUGGUACAGAACGCGAUGUUUUUAACGAGAAGCCUUCUAAAGAAGACAUGAUUGCAGCCACCGACGCCAUUGGAACCCAGCGGAUUUACGAAACGGCCGUUCUUCACACCACUGUUGGUGACAUUCAUAUUCAACUUUUCGGGAAAGAAUGUCCAAAAACCGUUGAGAAUUUCUGCGUCCAUAGCAAAAAUAGUUACUUCAACAAUCACAUCUUUCACCGUUGCAUAAAGGGGUUUAUGAUUCAAACUGGUGAUCCACUGGGAACCGGAACAGGUGGUGAGAGUAUAUGGGGUGGUGAAUUCGGUGACGAAUUCCACCCUUCGCUGCGCCACGAUCGUCCUUACACAGUUAGCAUGGCGAAUGCCGGCCCAGGGACUAACGGGAGUCAAUUUUUCAUCACUGUCGCGCCUGCGCCUUGGCUCGACAACAAGCAUACAGUAUUUGGACGUGUUGUGAAGGGGAUGGAAGUAGUACAAGAGAUAAGUUCUACCAAAACAAACCCAAAAACAGACAAGCCAUAUAACGACAUAUCGAUCAUCAGUGUCACAGUGAAAUAAGCACGAUUUGUAAGUACAAAAGCAAAGAUGAAUUCCAUCGCCUCCCGUUUUCAGUGUUAUUUGGUGUUCAAACAUUUUUUUAUGUGUCCCCUUUGGCGAUACCCCUGGCCAAUAGCUGAAUAACGUCUAUAGGCGAUUCACCUAAUUUUCUCUUGAUACUGGAUAGGUCAGUGUUUGCCUUGAUAUACUUGUCACCUGUGCGCAAGAAUUAAAGAAUAAAAACGGGAAAAAACAA